GCCCGAACCAUGACAACAGAGAACAGAGCCGCAUCCCCCCGGCCGAGCACUGGGGCGCUGACGCAAACAUAAGCGGCGGCGCUGGAGCACAGGACCCCUCCACCCUCCGCUGAUACUACCACACCGCCAGCAUGCUGUGGACGGCCAGGCAGCUCUGCAGGAGGUUCUCCACCUCGUCUCAUUAUUACCAGAAUAAGCUGAAACUGGCCAUAAUAGGCCAGAGUGUGUUCGGGCAGGAGGUUUACAGCAGCCUGAGGAAACAAGGCCACAAGGUCGUGGGAGUCUUCACCGUUCCUGACAGAGAUGGCAAGGCCGACCCGCUGGCGGUGGCAGCAGAGAAGGACGGGACGCCGGUGUUCAAGUUCCCGAGGUGGCGGGUGAAGGGGAAGCCUCUCCCCGAGGUGGUGGAGGCCUACAAGGCGGUGGGCGCAGAGCUCAACGUCAUGCCUUUCUGUUCCCAGUUCAUCCCCAUGAACGUGAUCGACAGCCCCGCGCACGGAUCCAUCAUCUACCACCCGUCCAUCCUGCCGCUGCACCGGGGAGCCUCGGCCAUCAACUGGACCCUGAUCCACGGGGAUAAGAAAGCCGGCUUCACCGUGUUCUGGGCCGACGACGGACUGGACACCGGACCCAUCCUGCUACAGAGGGAAUGUGCCGUGGAGCCCAACGACACCGUGGACACGCUUUACAACCGCUUCCUCUUCUCAGAGGGCAUCAAAGCCAUGGUGGAGUCGGUGCAGCUCAUCGCUGAUGGAAAGGCCCCUCGGGUUCCCCAGACAGAAGAAGGAGCGACCUAUGAGGGGAUUCAGAAGAAAUCCAACGCCAAGGUGAACUUGGCCCAGCCGGCUGAAACCAUCCACAACUGGAUCCGGGGCCACGAUAAAGUCCCCGGGGCCUGGACCAUCAUCGACGGGCAGUCUGUGACUCUGUACGGCUCGUCUCUGCUGGGCGGGUCUGUCCCGGCCGGGCAGCCCCUGGAGAUCCAGGGAGCCCCCCAGCCCGGAAUCAUCUCCAAGAACGGGCUGGUCCUCCACGGAACCGACGGGAAGGCGCUCCUGGUGAAGAACCUGCAGUUUGAAGAUGGAAAGAUGAUCCCGGCUUCCAAGUACUUCUCCUCUGGAGAGAGCUCGUCUGUGGAGCUCAGUGACGAGGAGAAGAGGAUGGCUGAGGAAAUCAGGAACAUCUGGAAGGGCAUCCUCAGCAACGUGCCAGCCAUCGAGGAGACCACGGACUUCUUCAAGUCCGGCGCCGCCUCCAUGGACGUUGUUAGGCUGGUGGAGGAGGUGAAGAUGAAGUGCGGCGGCGUCCAGCUGCAGAACGAGGACGUGUACAUGGCCACCACCUACCAGGACUUCAUCCAGAUGUUUGUGCGCAAGCUCCGAGGAGAGGACCAGGAGGAGGAGCUGGUCAUCGACUACGUGACUAAAGACGUGAACAACAUGACAUUGAACAUGCCUCACCAGUGUUUCAUUGAUGGCAAGUUUGAGGACGCAGAAGACGGCAAAACCUACGAGACCAUCUGUCCUACUGAUGGUUCUGUGAUCUGUAACGUGUCCUACGCCUCUGUGGGAGAUGUGGACCGAGCUGUGGCUGCAGCCAAAGAAGCUUUUGAGGUUGGACCUUGGGGCAAGAUGAACCCCCGAGACAGAGGAAGCCUGUUGUACAGACUUGCAGACCUGAUGGAGGAGCAUCAGGAGGAGCUGGCAACCAUUGAGGCCAUCGACUCGGGAGCCGUGUACACACUGGCCCUCAAAACACACGUUGGGAUGUCCAUCCAGACAUUCCGCUACUUUGCUGGUUGGUGUGAUAAGAUCCAGGGCAAGACGAUCCCCAUCAACCAAGCCAGACCCAACCGGAACCUGACCUUCACCAGGAAGGAGCCUCUGGGGGUUUGUGCCAUAGUUAUUCCGUGGAACUACCCGCUCAUGAUGCUGGCGUGGAAAAGUGCCGCCUGCCUGGCAGCCGGAAACACGCUGGUGCUGAAACCUGCUCAGGUGACGCCGCUGACCGCCCUGAAGUUUGCAGAGCUGUCAGUGAAAGCCGGCAUCCCAAAGGGCGUCGUCAAUAUUCUGCCAGGCUCCGGUGGGAUGGUGGGACAGCGGCUGUCUGACCACCCAGACAUCCGCAAGCUGGGCUUCACGGGCUCCACUCCCGUCGGCAAGCUGAUCAUGAAGAGCUGUGCGCUCAGUAACCUGAAGAAAGUGUCUCUGGAGCUGGGAGGGAAGUCCCCGCUCAUCAUCUUCAGCGACUGUGACAUGGACAAGGCUGUUCGCAUGGGCAUGAGCUCCGUCUAUUUCAACAAGGGGGAGAACUGCAUCGCUGCUGGCCGUCUGUUUGUGGAGGAGUCGAUACACGACGAGUACAUCAGCCGAGUGGUGGAGGAAAUCAAGAGGAUGAAGAUCGGAGACCCCCUGGAUCGUUCCACGGACCACGGCCCACAGAACCACAAAGCCCACAUGGACAAACUCCUGGAGUACUGUGAGAUUGGAGUGAAAGAAGGAGCCACUCUAGUGUAUGGAGGACGACAGGUGGACAGGCCAGGUUUCUUUAUGGAGCCAACUGUGUUCACCGGUGUGGAGGACCACAUGUUUAUUGCCAAAGAGGAGUCCUUUGGCCCUGUCAUGGUGGUGUCAAAGUUCAAAGAUGGCGAUGUGGACGGCGUGCUUCACAGAGCCAAUGACACGGAGUACGGCUUGGCAUCGGGCGUGUUCACCCGGGACAUUAACAAGGCCAUGUAUGUGAGCGAGCGGCUGGAAGCUGGAACCGUGUUCGUAAACACAUACAACAAAACGGACGUUGCUUCACCUUUUGGAGGCUUCAAGCAGUCAGGCUUUGGCAAAGACUUAGGAGAGGACGCCCUCAUGGAGUACCUGAAAACCAAAGCAGUGACGGUGGAGUACUGAGCUCCGCCUCGCCCAACAAACUCUGAUCCUGGUUGGACAAGAAACGCAGGGCGAGUCGGACGUCGAGCAUUCAACAUAUUUCUGAGUAGUGUUUUUACCAACAGUGCAUGGAUGUGCAUUAAUGUGAGUUUUGCACAAGCCACUCAAAAGCUUGGGUGUUUGUUUUAUGCUACAAGUCGGACAUGGUGCCUGUCUUUUCUUGGUUUUCUAUAAAAAUUUACAUAAAACUU